AUGGUUAUCACCGGAAAACAAAAACUCGCUCUCUUGCUGCUCUUUUGCACGGUGGCACCCGCGGCCAUCAUGCCUCGUGCUGGUGCGGUGAUCACAUGCGGCGAGAUGUACUCUAUCUUGUACCCAUGUGUGGACUAUAUAAUGAACGGCGGGAAGGUGCCCGGAGAAUGUUGUAGCGGGCUGGCAUCGCUGGUGACCAGUCUCAAGACCAGGCCGGACCGGCGAGCAGCUUGCACGUGUGCAAAAGCAGCGGCGGGGAGUGCUAACCCAGAGCAACUCGGCCGUGCGAUGGGCCUCCCCGGCAAGUGUGGUGUCCAUAUGCCGUUCAAGAUUAGCCCCAACGUUGACUGCUCCAAGAUCAAGUAA